AUGCCGAAUAAAGGUAAGGCGAAGGGUAAGAAGGAGAACAGGUUCAAGUCUACGUCUGGGAAGGAGGCUACCAGGGAUGCACUUGCACCCCGGCGACCAGCAGCCUCCAUGAAGAAACAGUCAAGGAAGAAGACGGAGCGCCAUCCCGACGCUUCAGCCUUGUCGAUGGAACCUAAUUUUAUCGCGGCACAGGAUGAGGAGCCUGACUUCCCCAGAGGUCAGCUUCCUUGUUUGCUUCUGGUUUGAUGUAUGUCAUUUUUUGGAAAAACUUCAUUUGGGUCCGACGCUAAUUUUCAUUUUCUUGGUUAAACUCAGGUGGCGCAAGCUUGCUCACUCGGGAAGAGGAGGCAGAAGCGCGUGCGGAGGCUGACGAGGAGUUCAUGAGGGAGCUGAAAACUGGUAAUAAGAACAAGCAAGGGAAGAAGAAAAGGGACAAGGGUCGUGUGCCUGGUUCCCUAUCAGAACCGGAGGAUAUGUGGGGAUCUCUAUUCGGGGAGGGCAUUGGCGGGAAGCUUCCUCGUUUUGCUAACCGAGUUACCUUAAAGGUUUCAGAUUUUUUGCUAUUCAUGCAUCUUUUCUCUUUUCUUCUACUAUGAAAAAUCUCUAGACCCCUCCCCCUCCCUUCCUUUUUUCAAUAAGCUUCAUCGGCUUUUUUCGUGCUUAAAAUAUUUAUUUCUCUUGAGCCCUGAGCUUGAAGUUAUUUAUGUUAUCCCUUGGCAAGUAAUCUUUUUCGAUAUCUUUGUUUUCCAUUUAGCGUGUAGUGAAAGAAUUUUUGACAUAUCUAGUUCUUUCUUUCUAUAGUAUUCGUUUUUUCUAAAUGAUCAUUAUAUUCGGUUUCUCAGAAUGUGUCACCUAAUAUGAAACUUUGGGGAGUCGUCUCUGAAGUUAACACGAAGGACCUUGUGAUCAGUCUUCCAGGGGGUCUGAGAGGUUUUGUUCGUGCUGAGGAAGUGUUGGACAUAAUUCCAGACGACAAACUGAAGGUGCCAGUUUUCAUAUGUAACGUUUUUAAGGAUGUUGUUUCAAAAUUGCUGGGUUGUUAACUUUCUCUUGUGAAUUUUGUAUCAGUUUAUUUUCUAGGAAUAUGCAGUUGCGCAUAUACUAAAGAAUACUUUCUUUUGGCAGGAUUCCGAGAACAGCUUUCUAUUUAGCGUGUUUCAUGUUGGGCAGCUUGUCCCCUGCAUCGUGUUGCAGACAGAUGAAGAUAAACGGGGAGGGAAAGUGCAUAAAAGAAUCUGGUUGUCUCUCCGGCUGUCAUGUCUGCAGAAGAGCCUCUCUUUGGACAGCUUACAAGUGGGAAUGGUAUGCUUUUAAUAGGCGUGUUUCUAUAGAUUUUUUUUGCAGAAUCCGAGGUCAAUAACUAUAAAAUCCUAACAAAAACUUGACUUUUAAAUGGUUAGAUCUAUUGCUAUUGUUAGUUUUAUUGGAGAGAUUUCUUAUUAGAAAGAUUUGUGAUAUAAAUGAUAUACAUUGAUAUUGGCCGCGGAGAUUAAGUAAUUGGGAUUGCUGUAUUUUCUUCUUCCCAUUUUUCUUAGAAUCAUAUGACUAGCUUGAAAUAUUUAUGUCUAACGGAUUAAAAACCAUGUCUUGUUGUCAAAAUGUACGAAUUAACGUUAUUUUUUAUACGAUUACAGUGAAAAUGAGUAACAAAGUCUCGAAAAUUUCCAAUCGCUUACUCAUCAAUGGGCAUUCAUUGAUUCUUUCAUGAGCAGUGGUUGAUGAUGGCGGUGAAUAUGUCCUUGUCUUCUCCAUUUUUUUUUCACUUUUGGUAUUUCUUUUUCUUGUAAGCAGAGUUGAACGUUUAAGCUUGUUGUUGUUUUAGCUGUAACUGCAUCAGGUCUUUUUUAUGUGUACGUUUCUUUAAUAAAGAAGGAAAUUUUAAACCCUAUGAAAUUGGAUAUUUUCUAAGAGAACUAACAAUAACAUGGAUAUUAUGGAAAUAAAAGAGCUUAUACUAAAUUUUAGAAAGUAACCUUUGAAAGCUGGAACUUCAGCAAAAAGAGUAGUGUCUUAUCGCUUGAUACUGAAGUCAUGCCAAAAGCAAUAGAUGACCCAGUAGGAUUAGGUGCAUUAAAAAAAUAUUCUUUACAAUGAUGAGACGCUGUUUAAUAUCGUUUAAUAUUUACGAGUUUCGUACUGUCCUGUUUUGGUAUAUUUCUCAUCUGUUGGUCUUAAUUUAUUAGCUUGCUUCAUGUAUGAUCAUAAGCAGAUGGUUCGACUCAUGAUGCCAUGCUUUUGUGAAAGGUUCUAACAGCACAGGUGAAGAGCAUUGAGGAUCAUGGAUGCAUUCUUCAUUUUGGAUUCUCUUCAGUUUCUGGAUUCUUGCCACAAAAUUCUGAAGGUUGUAGCAUCUGUAGUCAUUUUUUUCUAACGCCCCUAUAUUUAUGUAUUAUCUCUAGUGUCCAGGUGAUCGUGUUAUUCUGUCUUGCAUGUAGUUUUUAUUUAGUUUCUUUCCUUUUUUGUCUCGUUUCAUCCUUUUCUUUGUUUUUUCUGAAGAUCGCGUUUAAAUGGUUGUUUGAUACUCAUUAUGUCAACAAUUCAGCGUAUCUCAACUAUGCAGGGAUUUUGAGUUUUGUUGUCUCUUGAUUUAAUCUAAUAGUGUAGUGCUUUUGGCAGAAAAAGUCCGAAUGUUCAAAACUGGGCAAUUGUUACAAGGUGUUGUCAAGAGUAUUGACAAAACUCGUGGUGCAGUGAUCCUGGAUUCGGAGCCUGAAUUGGUGACCAAUUCCAUUGUAUGCGCUUACUAUCCACUAUUGUUUUGUCAUAUAUUUUACCCGUUUCCUUCCAACCCUUUUUGGCAUCCCUGAUUAUCGAAACAUAUUUGUCUUUUUUCUCGAACAGCUACAGGACCUUAAGGGACUCUCUAUUGAUCAGCUUGUUCCUGGAAUGAUGGUUAAUGCUCAAGUACAUGCUACCCUCGAAAAUGGAGUUAUGUUAUCCUUUCUAACUUACUUUAAAGGAACGGUGAGAGCCAUCACGCCCUUACAAAUUGGCAAGAUUCUACUUUUUGAGAGGAAAAACUAAUAGAUGUCUCUACGAAUUUCUCCUUAAUGUUUUCUCAGGUUGAUAUUUUCCAUUUGCAAAACUCAUUUCCUAGUGCAUCUUGGAAGGAUGAAUACCCUCAACAUAAAAAGGUGAUAUAAGUCUUCCCUGCAUCUAUGUCGUUUUUAACAAUUCUCAAUAUUUUUUAUAGUUCGAAAAUCAAUUUUCCUAUAAUUGAAGUAUGCAGUUGAAUAAAGUCGUAUGCUUUCGUAUCUGUACUUUGGGUUAUUCUGUUAGCUUGAAUUGUGACCAUUUUUGCUUGUUCUUUCUCUUUGUAAAUUUUUUUGAACGGUAUGUGUGGAGGUUUUAUAAAUUCUAUGUGGGAAACUUAAGGGACAUGUUUGUUCAAUAGUUGAGAUCCUUAUCAAUUUAAUUAUUCUGACUGUAUUAUGAAAAAACUUUUAUCGAAAUUUUUGGAUGCCUUUUAACUGCAUGCCAUGAACGACCCUUUUGAAUAGUUUUAAGUAUUCUUACAGAAUAAUAAUACUUCCUGGUCUACAUCAGAACUAGAAAAGUAAAUUGGAACUUGUUGUUAUCUGUACAUGUCUGCGUUGAUGGGAUCAUGUCUUUCCUAUGUGUUAAGAAAGCUAGAAGGUAAAAAUAAGUUAAAACCCUGUCAGAAAUUGGUGCUUCAUUCUGAUUACAUAUUUUGAUUUAAUUUUUAUUUCUCUCGUUUUCAUUUUCCUGAUUUUUAAUGAUUUUUUGUGGAACCAGAUGAAGACUAGUUCUGUCAUAAUUCGACUGAACUAUCCUAGACCAUCCAGAGUGUGAUUUGUCUUUUUAAACAUUGGUAGCCCAAAAACUGUUUUCUUUCCAGAGUUUGGAUUUUUUCAUUGAGUCUUUACGUUGGUAGGAUCUGGCAGCUAUGAAAAAAAUCUAGAAAAUCUUGCCUAUGAUGCAGAUAGUUCUUACUGAGUGCAGACUGCGUCAGCAUAAUAUUCAAAUAUUUUCAUUAUCCUUACUUUCUGUCUCACUUUUCUAGCUCUUUGCUAUGAUUUUUUGUUCUUGUCGGAAGAAUGGUCUUUUAAUAGUUGGAUUUCUUUGUUGGUUGCAUAUAUUUUCAAAUAUGGAUGCUAAAUAUCGUCAAUGUAUAAAAUAAUUGAUUCAAAUAAAAAAUAAUUCAAGAAACUGCUGAUCAAACGAUUGAUAAAUUGAUUUUAAUAGAUUUUUCCAUUUAUUUUGUGAAGGUGAAUGCCCGAAUACUAUUUAUUGACCCAUCAACCAGAGCUAUUGGUCUGACUUUGAAUCGACACCUCAUUCUGAAUCGUGCUCCUCCCCCUGUAAGUUGUGGAUGUGCUGUGGAUACUUGACACGAUAGUAUUUAUCCAUACCUGAAAGCUGAUAUUGUUUGUGUUUCUAUAGUAUGUAAAGACUGGAGAUAUAUAUGACACUGCAAAGAUUAUUCGUGUGGACAUGGGAAUUGGUCUUCUACUGGAGAUCCCUUCCACUCCAGCUUCAUCACCUGCGUAUGUUAGUGUAUGUUGCAUGGUCUAUUGCUCUCUUAUUUUUUGAAUAGGCAAGAAUAAGGCUCAUGAUUGGCUAGUUAGGCCAUAUUUGGAUGGGAUACUUAUGAUCGGUUAGUUUUGGAACACUUGUAUUUCAGAUAUUUGAAGCAGCUGAUGAGGUUCAAAAGUUGGACAAGAGGUUCAAGGAAGGUGGUCAUGUUCGUGUUCGCAUUCUAGGCACCAGGAAUGUGGAAGGAAUGGCAAUGGGAACCCUAAAGGUAGUAUCAACUCGGUGCCAUUACAUUAUUCUCAAACAAUGUUCGCAUUCUAAACUUUGUGCUGAGUAGUAAAAUAAAUAUUUACUAAAUAUUGUUAAUCCGCUCACCAAUAAAAAAGUUUCCUUUCAAACUGUUCCAUGUAAUGUAAAUAGAAAGUAUUUCUCCGUUGGUGCAGCAGCGAAGACAUUAAUUCUCUCAAUGAGAUAGGUCUUGUCGUUGUCGUGAACAGUGGUGGCACUAACCAUAGGAGAGAGAAAAACUCACUUCGUAUUCUCAUCAUAGGUGACUGUUAUAUACAAGCCAAGGAAACUACCUAACAAAUAGUAAACUGAAAACAUAGGAAACGGUCCUACUAAGAAGCGAACUCCUUAAUAUAUGUUUCCCAUAGCCGUAGUAUGUUAACUUACUUGAGUGAAUAAUAGCCUGCAUUCAAUUAAUAUAAGGAGCUUAUAUCUUUCAAUUAGGUAACAUAUGGCAGAAUAAGACUAGAUGCUUGUGCUUGAAAACUAGCAAGAAUUAGAUUUUUUGUAUCAACCUGCCUUGUGGAGGAUUCGUGUUUAUCUUGAAUAUGUAUAUGGUAAAUUGAGUCCCAUUUUUGUGUAUCUGUCCUUGAUCCAGUAAAUCAAUUGACAAGCUGAAUGGGAUCAAGGUGAUUAUUUAAGACCAUGCAUAAGGCUCCUUGGAGUAUAUAGUAAAGAAGCACUUUGUACUUGAAGAGGUUUUUGUACUGUGCUCUAAGCAUCGUAUGCUCUUAUGAUCACUUGUUUGAACCUUACACAUUUAUGGAUUUGUGAUCUUCUUGUUAUCAUUCUUGGCAGGCUGGUGCGUUUGAAGGCUCUGUUUUCACCCAUUCUGAUGUGAAGCCUGGAAUGUUGGUGACAGCUAAGGUUAUUGCAGUAGAUAGCUUCGGUGCGAUUGUGCAAUUUUCAAGUGGCGUCAAGGCACUUUGUCCUCUUCCGCACAUGUCUGAGUUUGAAAUUGUUAAGCCUUCUAAGAAAUUUCAGGUUAUUUGAUCUCUUUCUUUUGUUUUUAUUUCAAUCAUAUACUUUUGGAGGUUCAAUUAGUUCACAGUUCUUGACUUCCUAUAACUGUAUUCCUUUGCAGGUUGGAGCUGAGUUAAUUUUUCGUGUGCUGGGGUGCAAGUCAAAGAGAAUAACUGUUACACAUAAAAAGACUCUUGUAAGUCAAAGAGAAUAACUGUUAUACCUUCUAAGAAUAACUUCCUAUAACUGUAUUCCUUUCUUUCUUUUGCAAGCAAAGUACACUUAGUUACGCCGUAGACAAUUAUUUUUGUUCAAUUCACAAAUAACUAUCCAGCAGUAGGCAGACCCUCGAAAACUAUACUCUGGUGUACAAAGUUAAAUGCAAAAGUGUUGUAUUUAUAAUGUAUACUCAUCAAUAUACUUUCUAAAAGCUUACAAAAUGACAAUUUUUUAGAACUAAUAGGAGCUUAGAUUUAGUAGUUAUGGACAAAUGUCGGGCAGAAAACUAGAUUCAUGGAUCCUCCAGAGUAUUUUUGGUGGUUCACACAGCUGUUUGACAUCUUCAUUUCUCGAUCCUGUAACCCUUGGUUUUGUAUAUUUUUCGAAGAUUUUUAGCUAGUAUUCUUAUUUUUGAAGAAGAUUAAUCCUUUUGGUGAAUUCAGGUGAAAUCAAAGCUUCCAGUGAUUGCAUCAUACGCUGAUGCUUCUGAAGGUUUAAUUACUCAUGGAUGGAUCACAAACAUUGAAAAUCAUGGCUGUUUUGUGAGAUUUUAUAACGGGGUGCAGGGCUUUGCUCACAGGCUAGUGCUUCUACUUCUACUUUCCAUCUUUCGUAAUUAUGUUCGUUUCCAAAUUCUGGAAGCUUAUCUGAGCUUUUUUUUGGUAAAGUUGUCUCUGCUUUUUUUUGGCCACCUGAAAGCAAAAUAGCAGUCUUUCUAUUCAUUUUCUACUGUGUUCCACAGUUUCUGGCUUGAGUUUGUCUUAUUAAUACAUAUUUUCGACAUGUAUCUGUAUUAAUAUUUCUAUAUAUAUUUUGGACCCUUCUUUCCCCAAUUUUGAUGCUGCUUUCAAAUGCUGAUUCAGUGCUUGUCCAUAUACUUAGACAGGGAAAGGAGGCUUGUUGAUGUCUCCCUUCUGUUGGAAUUGUCUGUGUGGUUGCUUGCAUUUGCCUUAUUUUGAUUGAUCUUGAAGAGUGAAAGUGGAAGAUUAAAAGGCCCUGUUAAAUCGUUUCACUGUAGUCUUAUGAACUACUUUCGAGCUCGGAUACAUUUAUUGACACAUCUCCUUCUCUUCCUCACAAUCAAAGAAAGAUGAACCUCACCUUCUUUCAGAGUAAAAGAGGGAAGGAGUAUGACCAGCUGAUUAGUGGCAAUAUCCUUUGACCUUUAUCACUAUGCGGAAAAUUGAUGAAACUUUUCUCUUUUCCUGAAAUGAGAGUCAAUCACCUUCUUUAGCGGGAUGAAUGAUUUAUGUUAUUACCUUAUUUUGAUUCACGAACUCAUAACACGAAGUGAUCAUGUUUUGGUACUACAUUUCCUUUCACAUGUUCUUCUUGAUUUACUUCAUGUUUUUUUUUCUGUUGCAUUGAUAUUUUAAUAUUUUCUCAGAUCUGAGCUUGGAUUGGAGCCAGGAGUUGAAGCAAAUGCAGUGUAUCACAUUGGCCAAGUUAUGAAAUGUAGGAUUGUCAGUUCAUCGCAUGUUUUAAGGAGGAUCAGUAUUAGCUUCGUGCUUUCUCCGAAAAGGUCAUUUUCUUCUAAAAAUGUAUUGUACUUCACGUUAUAUAACCACUGCUUUGUAUAUGUUUGGGAACAAAAUGAUUUGUACUUCUCCUUGUUGUAUUGAAUCAUUCUUUUUAUAUAUUUUUCAUCUCAAGUAAAUGCAGUAAACUCGAAACUGUGGCCAUUUUUGAAAUUAUCUUUUUAUGUAUACAAUAGAAAAUGACUACUACAUCCAUGCUUCUUCCUAUCUAUUUUAUCUACGGUUGCAACAAUUAUAAAAGUAUACUUACUUAUUGAGUUACCUACCUAUCUAUUUAUCUAUCUAUAUAGUUAUAUACGUGGGUUCUAUUGGAUGUAUGAUUUUUUUCUAUGCGUUUAGUUUUUUUUUCUUUCAAUGUGUGAUUUAUUUCUACAAAUCCUCUUAGUGUCUAUUAUGUCAUUGGGUGAUGCUCUUUUGUGAUUCUGUUUGCAGGGUUGCUCAUGAUGUUAGCAUUAAGUUGGGAAGCAUUGUGUCUGGUGUUGUUGAGCGUCUCACUCCUGGAGCAGUCAUAAUUAAUGUGAAAGCAGAUGGUUAUGUGAAAGGGAAAUUGUAUGAUGAGCAUUUGUCAGAUCAUCAAUGUAAGUUUCUUCUUGUACUAAUUAGUUUUAUGCUGUUCUUUUGAUCAACUUCGUGAUCUAGUUCAGUUGAUCUCCUAUUCAUAUUUUCAGGGCAUGCUUCCUUGAUGAAGUCUUUGUUAAAACCAGGAUAUGAAUUUGAUGAACUCCUGGUGCUAGGUAGGACCCCUUUUUUCCUUAAAUUUUAUGAAUCCUUCAGUUGAGGUUGCUGAUUUCAUGAGAUCGGCAAGAAUGCUGUGUGCAUCAUAAACCAUGUUAUGUUUCAUAGUUGUAGGUGUUCACAAUUGUUGUUACAUCAUGAUUGUCUGAUUAACGUAACAAUUUGGAGAAUGAUACCUUGGUCUUGAGCCAUUGCUUGAUUUUGUGCAUCCAAGAUUAUGGAGGAUGUGCAUUAUAAACUCCUGUAAUGGUUCGAUUAUUUUUUUGUGGUAAAAUUUUGUUUUUGAAAGUGUAUGGAAGGUUGUGAUGAACACAGCUUGCCUAUGGUCUAUGUUCAUGACACUUUAUGUAUGCCAUGUGGAAAAUUCGUAUGACUUUUUUUUGAUGAAGUGUACUUUUUGUUAAUGUUCUGAUUAUGUUGCAAACUUCUUUGAAAUUCAUCACCUUGUUGUCAUUUUAUUUACUGUGUGUAGAUCAUGUUAUUUGUAUUCAAGCACGUGCUUUAGUAUGCAACAGGAUUGUGCUCCAUAAAUUGUUCAACUUUGUGAGAUCUUUUCUUCGUUUUCAUUUUCUAAUCAAUAUUUAACUUUGGAAAGUUGAAUGAUGAUGGAUUAAAUGGUUUUCAUUUUUUUCUCGAAUAUCCAUGACAAUGUAUUUUAUUCAAGGAAUUUAUUAAAUAUGUUGCUCACCUGCGGAUAACCAAUUCAUAUUCUCAAAUCAGAAUUGCAAGUCAGUUCAUUGUAGCUAUUUCUAGGUGUGUACUUCUUGUAUUCCAUUGUUUAUCUAAGUGGGUUUUCGGAGAGUCGUUUAUGUUUUUCGUACAGCAUAUACUUCUGUUGUCAAUGUCCCAAUACUUCAGCAUACUGCGUAUUUCUGUGUAUAUAGAUUUGUUAUAGUUUCUGUCUGAUCUAGGUUUAUAUCAGAUUGCCACUGGUCAAUUCGGAUAUGUGCGCAAAUGCAGCAAAGCACUUCUGCUUUCUCUUUCUUUUAUCUUUCGUUUACCCUGUUUCCUUAGCUUUUGGAUUAGCCGGAAUUGAUGAUUUUUCGUGCCGAGUUAGAACUGUUGGGAGGUUGUUUUUCCAUCUGAUAAAAACAAUGAUUUACCUUGUUUCAUUAGUUGUUCCUAUCUUGCUGAUCUGUGAUUUUUUUUCAAUUUACAGAUAAUGGUGAUAGCAGUAAUUUAAUUCUUUCGGCCAAAUACUCCCUUAUUAAUUGUUCCCAGGAGCUUCCUUCAGAAUUGGCGAAUGUUCAUCCUGAUUCAGUGAUUCAUGUCAGUGACUUCUUGUCUUCUCUUUUGGCUACCACUUUGCAACUAGAAAUCAUGUUCGGUUCCAUAUCAGGUUUGCUGUUCCUUAGUUAGCUCUUCUCACUAAUGCCAUUGACGACAGGGAUACAUCUGCAAUGUGAUCAAGAAUGGUUGUUUUGUCCGCUUCCUUGGGCGGCUCACUGGAUUCUGUUCCCAAAAUAAGGUAAUAUUUUAUGGUUUCCAUAUAUUUUAUCUUUCCUUUUAUUUGUUUUAUUUUGAGUGUUCACUUCAAUAUUCAAACUGAACUCGUCUAGGUGAUCAGAUAAGAACAACAGCAGCAUGUUGCCUUCCUAAUUUGACUAUUGAUCCAGCUUAUUCUAGUUAUUUCCAGUUUUAGUUGUAAAAAUGCGUAUUGAAAUCUAUGAUAUUUUAAUCAUUGGCCUAUUUUUCAAAAGUGUUUUUAUAUGAUCACAAUUGUUUCUCUGAAGGUUUCAGAUGAACAUAUCAGUGACCCCUCUGAUGCAUUUUACGUUGGACAGUCAGUUCGUAGUUAUGUUAUCAAUGUAAGGAAACUCAAGUCCCUGAGUGAAAACUUUUGAUUAUUUCCUUCAAAUCAUAUGAGAUUAUCAUUCUUAUAUGUAGUAUGGUCUCUUAUCUUCCAGGUAAAUAAUGAGACUGAAAGAAUAGCACUCUCAUUGAAGCAGUCCUCUUGCUUUUCAAGGGACCCAACUUUUCUUCACAGCUAUUUUCUUAUGGAGAAAAAGGCAAGCAACUUUUCUAUUUUAUAGUUUUAACAUUUGCUCGCGGCUCUGUAUCAAGAUGGAAAACCAUCUUACUUUUCGACUCAGUUUAGUCAACAAUGCUAGAUUGUCUCGUUUUCCUAACCAAUUGUCCAAUUUUUCAUGGUGAGAAUGAUUUGAUGCCAUUAACUUUUAUCUCAGACUGUUGCUCCGUCGGAUCUCUUCAUCUUGUUUAUAUCCACUCUGGCAUUUAUAGAUAUCAACGUCAUACUGAAGAAAAGAGUGAUCACAUUGACAAUUUGUUUUCUAAUAACCUGAUUCAAAAUGCCAUAUCAGAGGUGAAGUUGUCCGUGUUUGAUUUUUCGCGAUGACUUAAUUGAUUAAUGUUUUGCAAAGUUAUGAAAUUGCCAGAUUUUCAUGGUAAUUUUUUUUUUGAGGGCGCAUUUGGCUGAGUUUCAAGCACGGUCCGUGGUUCAACACUUCUAAAAGAAAUCCUUAUGAUAUUGCGCCAUUGAAUUGUGGACGAUUUUGGUUUCAUGUGUAGUUGUCGUCUUAGAAUUUUAGGCCAUUAUAAUUGGGAGUAUGCUAUGUUAUUUUCCUGGCGGGAUAAAACUUAGAUUAUGCUAUGGUAAGUCAUAAUGUAAAACUCGAGCUCACAAUGGCUAGGUUCUGUUGAGUCCUUGCUCUGAUUAGAUCAUGAAAACUUGGUUCUGUCUGGGUCCACAUUGUUUUACUAUUGGUUAGCAUUUUGUUGCCGAACUUCUAUUGGGGUAUUUAUAAUAAUAAUUGUGCUGGUUUUCGUUGCUGCUGCUUUUCAGCUAACCAUUUGGCCUUGUCGUUCAUGAAAUAUUAUUUAAUAGAGUACUUCAAACGAAUUUUAUUUCCCCUCAAGACGAUCAAGAGAUUCUAUGAUCAGUCUCUGUCUAUCUUUUUCUUUUAUGUGAAAAGUUGUUUAGAUCGAUAGGUAGUGAAGGUAAUCGCACAUCAUAUUUUUCUUUCUUUUGGGCAGACAUGUCAUCUAGGAGUCAUGCCUUAGUCAGCUCGUUGACUGAUUGUUUCCCAUGAUAACAUCUUGAUAUUCCUUUAUCAAACUUUCUUUUGCUUUUGUACGUAGGGUGUUAAGUUUAUUCAGUUUUUUGAGGUUGCGUGCUUGUGGGAAGAUACCUUCUAAUCUGGAAGUUUUUUUUUCUACCAACGAACUAGUCUCAUGGAAAGUAACUUCUGAUUUUUUGGCGCUUACCAUCACUUUGUGAAGUCGUUAUACUGAGCAAUCAAUGAGAAGUAAUCCAUCUCCUUUAUUGUAUGGUUGUCUGGUAGUGAAACCUAGGAGUCUUUGUGUUACGGGCCUCUUGAGAUUUGGGGCGAAAUCUUCACCCUAAUCUUACCUUAGACGAGGCUUACUUAGGGAAUCAGCUCUCUGUUGUGUAGAAGAAUCAGACUGAACAAUUGAAAAUGGAAAUUGGAAAGACAAUAGAGGUUCGCAGACAGUAGGAUAAGUUCCUGAGGUUGGAUCGAUCCUUAGGAACAAGAGAGCCCGAAUCGGACCUCUCCAGGGACAGAUUCCCUCUCCACUCCCUGUUUUCUCCUCUCUUCUUAUUUCGGCGUCUUCUAUAUUUACAGGCCUCAGUACACUAUUCUGUUGUGGUCCCCCCUCCACGUGGGGGUCUAGGUCGUCUUGUGUAGAUGACGGUUGGCUUCGCAACAUUACUCCCCCCAUGAGUUUCACCUUGUCCACAAGGUGAGAUGUAGGAAAUUGUCGAAGGAAUGUUGAUACUGUCAUCCAUAACGAUUCAAACUCUCAGAGAUGUUUCCAUGAAACUAAUAUCUCUGUGUCUUGAGGAGUCGACUUGUGAACUUUUGUGCCAUCUGGAAUUAGUAUCCAUUCUUGUUUUUCUGAUAAUGUUGGGGGAAUUGGUUGGCUUCUGUUGUCUGUUCUUAGUGUCUUCUUGAGCUGGGAUAUAUGGAACACCAGAUGAACAGCUGAAUGGUCGGGCAAUUGGAGUUUAUAUGCCACUGGUCCAAUUCUUUCCAUAAUAGGAUAUGGACCAAAAUAGUGAGGGUUUAACUUCUCGUUUUCCUUUUAUUGCUAGAGAUUUCAUCGGAUAUGAUUUGAUCUUGAGGAAGACCAAAUCACCCGCCUCUAAUUCCACUUCUCGACGAUGUUUGUCUGUAUUAAAUUCAUCCUCACUUGUGCCUCCUGCAAGUUGAAUUUCAGAAUCUUAAGGAUAGCAUAUCAUUCCGUGAGUAAUUGAUUGAUGACAUCAAGUGGUGAAGGAGAUGUUCCAUAUUUGAUAAGUUUCAGCGGGUCCCUGCCAUAUACUGCACGAAAAGGAGUCAUUUUAGUGGAAGAAUGAUAGGAAGUAUUGUAACUAUAUUCUGCCCAAUGAAGUCAUAAUUUUCAUUGCUUCGGUUUAUCAAAUAUUGCACAUCUCAAGUAAUUUUCUAAGCACCUGUUGAUGACUUCGGUCUGUCCAUCUGUUUGAGGGUGGUAAGAGGAGCUGAAUUUGAGUUCAGUUCCCUGAAGUGUGUGUAGUUCACGCCAAAAUGUACUUAAGAAUAUUCGUCCCCUGUUGGAGACCACUGUCUUUAGAAACCUAUGGAGCCCUACGAUUUCCUUAAUGAAUAAUUGAGCGACCUCCUUGACUGAGAGUGGAUGAUGUAGAGCAAUGAAAUGACUGUACUUGUUUAAUCUAUCCACUACUACUAAUAUGACAUUUGACCCAUAUGAUUUAGGUAAGCCUUCAAUACAAUCCAUUGAAAGGUCUUCCCAUAUUUGGGUAGGUAUAUGCAAUGGUUGUAGAAGUCCCACUGUAAGCAAGUAGGGCAAUUGUUGAUAUAUGCCUUUAUAUCUCUCUUCAUUCCUUGCCAAUGAAAUUGUUGCGAAAUUCUAUGAUGUCUUCUGAAACACAGAAUGACCCCCCACCGAGCUGUCAUGAAAUAAUUGUAACACAUUGGUAAUUAAAGGGGAAUGUGUUGGUAGAACCAACCUUUCUCUAUAUAGCAAGGAUCCAUCUUUCAAAGAAUAUAAUUCGUUUAUUGUAUCUCCUUUAGACAAGGAAGUUUUAAUCUCUGCAAGUUGUCUCUUGGUCCACUGCUAGUCAGACAGCUUUGAGAUCAAUGGCGUGAUGUGCUAUUGUCUCAUUUAGUUCAGCUUGCAGUAAUAAUGGACAUCAGGAUAAUGGAUCUGCGGCUUGAUUGUUCUUCCCUUCCUUAUAUUUAAUUUCAAAACUAUAGCCCAUCAAUUUCACCAACCAUUUACGAUAUUCAGCAUGAAUUUUCUUCUGUUCAAGUAAGAAUUUUAGACUGUACUAGUCUGAUUUGAUGAUAAAAUGCUGAUACAUAAGAUAAUGUCUCCAUUUCCUUACUGCCAACAUUACACCCAUCAACUCCCGUUCAUAGGCCGAUUUCAAUUUGGCUUUUCUUGGAAGUGCUUGACUGAAAUAAGCUAUCGGACGCCCUUGUUGCAAGAGAAUGGCCCCAACACCUGAUCCAGAAGCAUCAGUUUUCACGAUAAAUUCUUGUGAAAAAUUUGGUAAUGUUAUACUGGAACCAUAGUCAUUGCUUGUUUAAGGGUAGAGAAAGCUGCUUGUGCUUCUUGUGACCAAUAGAAUGCAUCUUUUCUUAAUAAUUGUGUUAGUGGCCAUGCAAUUAAAGCAUAGUUGGUAAUAAAUUUUCUGUAAUAUCCAGUGAGCCCUAGGAACCCACGGAGUUUCUUAAGAUUUCUAGCAAUUGGCCAACUAGUCAUGGUAGACAUCUUCUCUUUAUCGACUUCUACUCCUGUCGACACCCAAUGCCCAAAAUACUCUUGUUUGCUUUCUUCAAAUCUGCAUUUCUUGGCAUUAAUAUGAAGAGAAUUUGUCGAGAGAAUGGAAAAUACCUUCCUCAUAUGCUGCAGGUGUUCAGCCAUUGUGAUGCUAUACACAAGUAUAUCAUCAAACAAAACCAGUAUGAAUCGCCUUAAUUGACAUUGAAAUAUUUGGUUCAUAAGCGAUUGAAAGGUUGCAGGUGCAUUCGAUAAUCCAAAAGGCAUUAAUUUAAAUUCACAAUGGCCAUGAUGAGUUUUGAAUGCUGUCUUAGGUACAUCUUCUUUUUUCAUUCUGAUCUGAUAAUAUCCUAAUUUUAAAUCCAAUUUUGAAAAAACUGAUUUCCCAUAUAAUUCAUCUAGCAGCUCACUCAGAAGUUUUAGAAAAAUCAGUCUUAGGUACAUUUAUGUGUUUUUACAGAGUUUUGAAAAAACUGAUUUCAUUCUGACCGUUUUUCAAGCUGACCUCACUCAGAAGGUUUUCCCAAACAAAUUUUACCUUUAGUUGGCCAUCAUGGCAGAAGUUUUUGCUUGUCACUAAGCCUUUGGAAAAUAUUGAGCAUAUAAAAGAAAGAAUCUGUUAAAUGUGCAGACAUCGUUUUGGUCCAAGUACAGUGUGAUGAGACAACCGAAGUAACACGUGAAAAAUAAAAAGGGAUAUGAAUACAGAGUUCUUGUUAUAGAGUUCAUUGGUCAAUGGUUCUUAUUCCACUGUUCCAGUCAUCAAUGGCCUGUCCAAAACGUUUGACAGAUCCUGUAUAGGAUAAGUCGAGAUGACAAAUAUUCACUAUUUUGCAGAAAUUGUCAUAGUUAGAGUAUACUUUAAGGUAAAGUUUUCCAAUUAUAUUAGAAAAACAAAACGCCAGUCAUUUUGUGUUUGUUUUAUAUUUCUUUACUGGUGCUUAUCAUUAUUUUCUGAUGAUUAAUGAGAAGCUAUUUGAUGUAUGAUGUAUUGUUUUUUAUUCUUCUCUUCUUGACUUUGUGCUUUUUCAUCCAUCAGAUUGCUAAGCUGCAAAUACAGAAAUCCAUCAAUUCUGGUUUGAUGGAAGCUGAUAAAUUCAGUGUUGGCAGUUUUGUUGAGGGGGAGGUUCAGGAUUUGAAGGACUAUGGUGUUGUCCUUGGUUUCAAAGAUCACGAUGCUGUUGGUUUUGUCUCACAGUACCAGUGUAAUCUCUUCAUCUAUUGAUUGGCUUUUCUUCUUGAUGCAAAUUGUGGUUUGAGAUUUUCUUAGCAGAGUGUUAAUGAUGACUUGGUUCCGUAUGCCUCAUGUAGUAGGUGGAAGAAUGGUGGAAAAAGGUUCACGUGUAAAAGCUUUGGUCUUAGAUAUUUCCUUGUCAGACAACCUCGUCGAUUUAUCACUUAAAGAGGGUUUUCUUAGUAAGGUGGAUAUUUCCAUGGGCAUCCAUAUUUUAUUUGUAAAUCAUUGUGGUUGUUAACUGGGUUCUUCUGUUUUCUUAUGCAGAAACGUCGAAGAGAAUCCUUUAUGGACUUGCAGCUGCACCAAACAGUCGAGGGAAUUGUGGAGAUUGUGAAAGAGAACUACAUGGCAUGGAGUUUUUAUUUAUAUGUUCCCAUAUUUUUACUUUAGUAGCUUUUGUGUGAUACGUUUUGCUAAUUUUUUGCUACUCUUCCUGUCAAAUGCAGGUGCUUUCAAUACCGGCAUGUAACUAUGCCAUAGGUUUUGCAUCUAUAAUUGAUUAUAACACGCAGAAACUCCCAUGCUCCAAUUUCGUGAAUGGUCAGAGGUAAGCCAUGUUAAAUCUCUUUUGCUUAAUGAUACUGAUUUCGUGUUGUGUUGGGAUUUUUCUUGAUUCGAGUGAGAAAGAUGUAAAAGUGAGUUCCUGAUGUUAUCUGUUCUUCAUAAAACACUUUGGUUGAAGCUUAGUGUCGUCAUGGUCUGCAAAGAGGACAUAUCCUCUAACGAUCAGCUGACUGAGUUUGAAAGCAUUUCUCACUGAUAAGUUUUAACGAGAAAAAUUUAAUACUCCGUUCAAUCAAAAUAAGUAAGACGAUUUUCGUCCAUGACUUGAUUUGGUGUGGUUGGUUCUUUAGAACUUCUUGAAAAUUUCUUUCCCCGCUGCUGUGGUGCUGAAACGGUAAAAUGGGAAAGAUGGAGGAAGAAAAGGAAUAAAGAUCAUCAUAUUCUCCACUCCCUUUGUUUUCUUUUCCUUUCUUCUCUUGACUUCUAUCCUGCUGUUCAUGCCAGCAACUCCCUGUGAGUUGCUGGCAUGAAUUAUGGGGCCAUCAGUGCCUUCAAACAGGUUGAACAAGGAUCACGGCCUACGGUUAAAUGGAUUUCGCUCUAUUAACAUUCACACAUAAAUUGUACUGAUUUUUCCUUUUUCAAUAAAAACACUGUAUUAAGAGUUAUAGUUUGGUUUUUUUUAUUUUUGUAGUUUUCGACCAUGUCUGACUUUUGCCUGUUUUUUUUGACUUUCUGAUCGAUUCUUGAUUGGGCUUGGUUGAUCUAGAUUCCUGAUCCUGUGAUGAUUUGCCCUGUCAUAUCACUUGUAUAAGAACUAGCUUACAUUGUUUGGCAGUGCUAGGUUAGGUUUACCUGAAAUAGCUGUUUAUCUCUAGGUCUGAGUUCGUCCAAUGAUACUGUGUGUUUUAUGUGAAUAAUGUUAUUGGUUUAUUGGUUUAUGUGGAUGAUACUGUGUGGUUUAUGUGAAUCAUCUUAUUCGUCCAAUGAUACUUCAUUGUGCUUUGACUGACUUUGCAGAAGUUGAUCUCACCUGGCAGAACUGAAAUCAGCUGCCUUGCGUUAACUUUAAUUGAGACAACUGUUUAAUUAUAUCAUUUGAUCGAAGUACACUAGGGAAAAGAAAUGUGCUGUACUCGUUUGAGUCAUUUAACUUACAAAAGAACCGGAAGUUGAAGGAGAAGUGAGACAGCGAAAAAUGUCAUAUUUGGAGUCGUGUACUUGAAAAAAUAGGAAAAAAUAACUGUUGUGUUUGAUUGAUGUAGAAUAUUAUUUCUUACUUACAGUGUUUAGCUCAAUACCAGUUGUUUCCUUGGAACUGUUUUUUUGCAGUGUUAGUGCUACUGUUGCAGCACUACCAGGUCCUUCAACUUUAGGGCGACUUUUGCUGCUGCUGAAAUCCAUGAGUGCAGUUUCAGAGCUUUCAUCUAAACGGGCACAAGAAGGUUCUAGCUACUCUGUGGGGUCACUUGUUGAUGCAGAGGUAAUUCUUUUCUUUUCUUGAAAUUGCCCGUGUUAUGAUGUUUACUACAAUUGAGACUUACCUCAAUGAUAUACCACGAAUUAUUGCUUAUUUUUGUUUCCUGUAUUCAGAUUACUGAAAUAAAGCCCCUCGAGGUUCAUUUAAACCUUGGUGGUAGUUGCCGCGGAAGAAUUCAUGUAACAGAGGUUUGUCUUAUGUUUUUUUUCGUUUUUUUUACGAUCGGCUAUUUGUUACUUGCCAUUUCUUCAAUCGCACUAUUACUGCUCUAGAUAAAUGUUUGUCUGAUUUGUUUUUUUUUAUUAGGUCUUUGAUGAUAAAGUCUCGAUGGAGAAUCCAUUUAGUUCUUUAAGAGUUGGACAAAUACUUAGAGCACGAAUAGUUGCAAAGAAUCAACAUUCAAUCAAAUCCAGAAAAGGAGGCCGGUGGGAGCUGUCUCUUAGACCGUCUUUGCUUGCAGGUAAAAGAAAAGAAGAAAGAAAACACUUGCACUUCUGCAUGCGCGUUAUCCACAAAUGUUAAUUUUUUGCAUUUCUUUAAAGAUUAGCUAUAAAAUCUGCAUUGGUUUUCUUUUCUUGAUGUUCUGUUAGAGACAUUUACUGCCCAUUAUUGAUUGGGCAAAUUUUUUAUUUAUUGGGUUCCAUAUCCUGAAUUGUAUCCCACCUAAUACUUUCAUAGGUUCCUGUUUUGAUCUUUGUGAGCAGCUUCUUUGAUGGGAACCAAGUUCCAACAGAAAAAAUAAAAUUGCUUACCUGACGUCCUAUAUUAGUCUUAAAGCUUAGUUGCAAUAAAUUAUGUUGGAAAUCUGGCGUAUCAGUAGGAAGUUUCUUCCCUCCUGGAAUUAUCUUGGGGGGGACAUGGGAAAUGUGGAAUCAGUUUUCCGGUGUCAACUGUGGAUGGAAUAUCUAAUGCCUUUGGUCCCUUGGUGGUAAAUUUAAGCUGAGCCAAGGUUGGUUUGUCAGAGGUGUUCUAGGCGAGAAGAAUAGCAUAGGAAAUGGAGUGUGAUGAGGAGGAUCCUCAAGUAUGUCGAGCUGGAUUCCUUUAUGAUUGUGGAGGUAGUUAAUGGCCUGCUGACAGCAGUUGUGCUGGUUUUUCUGAGGCAUGAGAUGAAUGUUGACAACAUGCGAAUGAUACUCUAGUAAUGUGAUGGAAUCUGAAUGUGUGGAAUGGAGAUGUGGAUGUCUGAAUUGAAUCCAGUCAUGUUAUUCCCGAACUUCACCUUACAAUUUUGAGGCGUUUAUUUGGAUGGUCACCAAGUCCAUCUCUCACGAAAUUGUAGGUCUGCGGUAUAAUAAUACCAUUAUAAAGAGAUGAUGUUACAUCAGGAUUUUGGGUGGGAAACCUGAAUUGCUCACGCCGAAUACAAGGAAACCAUAGUGAACCUCUAGCUAGUCUGCACAGUUCAUUCACUACUGUGUAUUUUACAGUUUCGUGGUAGUGUAGUGAUGUUGGAGAAAAGUUCAAACCGACCAAAAGCAUGCUCAAGAGGAAGCAAAAAAAAGAAAAAAAAAGGAAAACCUUGCAUGAGCUUUUUAAGACUCUCCUCUUGAACUCCUCCAGCUUCCAGUCUCUCUAUUGGCGUCCUAGAAGCCCUUAAGUACCUCUCCUCAAGUUGCUGCCUAUCUCAUUGCUAUCCUUCAUCUCUCUCUCUCUCUCUCUCUCUCUCUCUCUCUCUCUCUAUCAAGAUGCAUUUGAAGGAAUGAUUUUAUUCUCAACUCAAAGCUUAUGCUGUGUAGUGGUAGUUCCUGUACUUGCUAUUUAUUCAUGUGUAAAGUAUAAAUGAAUCCGAAUAGGUGACCGUCUGAAACACGGAGAGAAUAAAAUUUUCACAUGGUGUCCGUAGAGUUGCCUUGACAAGAUUUUUUAAUAAAUACUAUCUAAAGAUCUUUCAUUUUAUUAACUGUUGGUUGUAAUCAAAUGUUCUUGUUGGAGUUCUCGAGUAACUUAUAAAUAAUAUUGUGAAACCAGAAGCAUUUAGAUUGCUGGGCAUUUCUGUGUUUUGUCCAUCUGUUUGUUCAUGUAUGCCAUCGACUACUUGUGUUUGUCUCACAAAUUUUCCAAUGACAGUUUCUUCUUCACCUUACAUGUAUUCCUUUUUUAUUUUGUAUUUUUUUUUAAUAUGCUGUUGAAUAUUGUACUCAGAGCUCGAAGAACCUCAUGACUCUCCUACUGUUGAGGAAUCCAAAUUUUCAGUUGGUGAAAUAGUCAUGGGUUAUGUCGUUAAGGUGGAGAGCGAGUGGUUACGGCUAACAGUAUCACGGCAAUUCAUGGCAAAGAUGUUUAUUCUGGACACUUCUUCUGAACCGAAUGAACUUAUGGAAUUUGAAAACCGUUAUCAUGUGGGGCAGCCUGUGUCUGGUCGUGUUCUCAGUAUUAGUGAACCAAAGAAGUUGUUGUGGGUAACUUCACUUCGAUCGUCUGACUCAAAUAGUGGUAGCGCUGUUUCAUUAGACAAUCCCAAAGAAUCAGUUUCAGGUGACUCAGGCACCGAGCACAUGCACGAAGGUGACAUUGUGGGGGGAAGAAUCAAGAAGAUACUCCCUGGUGUUGGUGGGAUUUUCGUACAGAUCGGACCUCACCUAUGUGGAAGGGUUCAUUUUACCGAGCUUACUGAUCAGUGGAUAUCCGACCCGCUCUCAGGUUAUACGGAGGGUCAAUUUGUCAAAUGUAAAGUCUUGGAAAUAAGCCGUCUUAUGUCUGUACACGUGGAUUUAUCUUUGCGCCCUUCCUUACUAAGCCCCGGAUCACCUCUCUCUGUAGAAGGGCAAGAUAGUCUGUAAGUUAUAUGCUCGUUUUCUCUUUCCUUCUUGCAAGUUUGAACUUUUAUUGCCAAGUAGUUGACGCAGUACCCUCCCUGCCUUAUAAUGGUUUGGAUCUUGUAUGAAUUCUUAUGUCAUCUCGUGGUUUCUGAAGCUUUUUCCCUUCUCCAAUGGCAAUUCGUGCAUUUUUUAUUUAAUUUCACUUUGGAGAAACGACUGAAGCAUAGCAACAAAUACGUGCAUGCACUCACACAUAAUACUUUGCUGUUAUUCCUGAAUGUUAACAGUGCAUGUAUUUUCAUUUUUAUUUCGUGAAUGCGAUGCAUAUCUUAUGUGUCGUUUUGUUUGUCUUAAUUCUCCAGUUGCCCUUGGCGUGUGUUCGAGUGAUUAUAUUUCCGUUUCAAAGCUAGACUAGCUCCAUGAAAAUCUGACCUUUUGGUUUCUGCAUCUCUGGAACUAUUUUGGAUUUUAUUUAUCAUUCAUUUUUGUGUUUUGGGUAGAACAGAUCAAGGCUUGAUUUAUUUGAGUGCUGCCUAUUUUAUUCGAGUCUGGAUGCAUAAAUCUCAAUUCUUAUUCUACAACGUGCUUUCUUUAAAUCGGUACUUAUUUUGUUUGAGUGCCACCCCAAUCACAGUUCCAGUAUUCAUGACUAGACAUUGUUUACCCUUUUUUUAUUAGAUUUUCUGUUAUUUUUAUGUAGGGACUCUGCUUAUAAACGAUUCGCUGAUACCAAAGAACUUCAGCCAAAUAUGCCCGUCCAGGUACAUUAGUUUAUUGAUAAUAAAUACCUGUUUGUUAUUUAUAUAUUUUAGUUGUCAGACUUUUAACAAUUUUCUGUCCUUCUAUCGCUAAAAAUUUCUCCAUAAUAUACAGGGCCUCUGAAACUCUAAUGUUUUUAAGUUUCUACAAAAAAAAUUGCUUUUCGGCAUCUGAUAUCGAUUCAUAUUAGUAAGUUGUCUGAGUACAAUUUGGCUAAUAUUACUCUAAAUGUGAAGUCAUAUUUUCACAUUCGUUUCUGUGAUAUUCGUUCGUUUGUGAGGAUUCGGCCGUUGUUAAUUGUUGUUAUUCAGUUGCUGAGCCAUAUAUUUACUCUAACAUAUGACUAGAAAUGGUAUUAAUACUUGCAAUAGUUGCUAUUUCUCUCUUAUCUCUAUCUUUCCCAUUAAUUUGAACUCUAGUGACGUUUCUUGGUUGACCUUUUUUCAAAGUUGACUGAGAAAUAUUUCUACAAUAGUAUAUGUCAUUUGAUAGUGAGAUUAGAUUAACUGCAAUAAUGUCCACCGUUUUUGGGCUCGAAUGACAUGGGCUGUGGACUCAAGUUAUAUAUGCAUUAUGUAAGUGGUUUGGGUCUUUUGGAAGAUUGUGAUGGCAUCUGGAGCUGCUGCGGCUAAACCAGGAUUAGGGGCAGUAAUUUGUGGUGGUUAAAUCUCAUGCUGUCAUUAGAAAAGGGGGAGCACUAGGUUUGUAGACAGUGAUUUUGAUACCUGUUUGAUAUAGCAUUGGAAUCCUCUCAUACGAAAGCGUUUGGUAUCUGGAUAAUGAUAAAAAAAGUAGUCCAUGAAGUUUAAUUAUCAAUGAGGUCAAAUUGAAGAACACACAUCUUACCAAGCAUUAUAGUAUGAGCUCUUAGAGAUUAUUCUGAGACAUUGGUGUAUUGAACCAUUUGAUUCUGCUGAAUUAGCACGCAUGUUAUGUGUUUAUUUUUCAUUUCCUUUGGUGCCUUCAUUAUUUACAGCAAACACACCAAACAGUAGAUCCUGCUGGAUUUCAUGCUCGUUUUCACUUUGUACUUUUAGGUUAUAAAACGCUCCUAACAUUUGCUAUGUUUUAGGGUUAUAUCAAGGGUGUCACACCUAAAGGAUGCUUCGUUACUCUUUCGCGGAAAAUUGAUGCCAGAAUACUUAUAUCGAACUUGUCUGAUGGUUAUGUUGAGAAACCUGAAGUUGAGUUUCAUGUUGGAAAGCUGAUAAAUGGAAAGUAAGUGCUCAUAAAUUUUUAUUUUUACGUUUCCAUAUUCGCUGAAUAACGUAUAAAUUUCCUCAGGGUGCUAUCUGUCGAUGUUUCAUCUAAGAGAGUUGACUUAACACUGAAAUCAGAGGCUGGAACAGGACCCUCAAAGUGUAGUUUAUCUGAUUUCAAGGGCUUACAUGUUGGUGACGUUAUAUCUGGAAAAAUUAAGAGGAUUGAACCAUAUGGUUUAUUUAUCACAAUUGCCAACUCUAACAUGGUAAACAUGUCAUACUUUUCUCUCCCUUCACUAAUUUUUCAUCCUGUGUUCUAAUUCCAUUUCCUUCUGAUAGGUGGGUUUAUGCCAUAUAUCAGAAUUACCUGAUACUAACAGCGAAGACAUACGGACAAAAUAUAUGGUGGGUGAUAGUGCAUCAGCGAAAAUUUUGAAGGUAAACUUAUUUUUACUUCUAGUUUGCAAUGCACCCCUCAAGUUGCUUCGUCUCAGGCUUGGAUUUGAUCUGUUCUCUUCUACAUUCUGGAGCCUUAGAUGAAGUGGCCUGGAUUUGAUCUCUUUGUGCCUGAUUUUGGUGAAUCUUAUGUCAGGUGGACAUUGAGAGAAGGAGAUUAUCAUUGGGAAUGAAGAACAUCGACUCCGAGGAUGACAACAGUGCUCCCACUGUUUCACAAAUCGAUGAGAAGGAAACCGGUUCAAGUGACAAUGGUCUUGUCAUCAUGCAGCAAAAUAGCAGUCUGACUUCUACUGAUGAUAUAUAUGGUGAAUUAUCCACUGCUGCAUGCCCAAACCUUGAGCAAGUCAAGACAAGGGCUUAUGUUCCUCCACUAGAGGUCGUGUUUGACGAUGAUAAUGAUGAUUCCGAUGUGGACAAUGGCCUACGGGGAAGCCAAGAAGCUGUUUCUGACCAGAGUUUAGCUUCUAAAAAGAGCAGCAGACAGUUGAAGAGGAGAGAGAGGGAGGAGAGGUAUGUCUGUCUUCCAGUAUUAUCUAUCUAAAGCUGCUUCCGAGUUAUGUAAAUGUGAUUUAUUGUUGUGGAUUGCGUGGCGCAGGGAAGCUGAGAUUUCUGCCUCUGAACAAAGGAGACUGCAGCAGGACGUUCCAAGGACGGAAGACGAGUUUGAGAGACUUGUGAGGAGCUCGCCAAAUAGCAGCUUCCUAUGGAUCAAGUACAUGGCCUUCAUGCUGUCCCUGGCUGAUGUAGAGAAGGCCCGCUCUAUUGCCGAGAGGUCAGCUCCAAACUUUCUGACCUCCAUAACUAUUUGCUCCAUAUAAUGUCUUCCUCUCUUUCUCCUCCCCUCCCCCCCCCCUCUCUCUCUCUCUCUCUCUGUCUGAUGGGUCGUGCAUUUUUCUAGGGCGCUGAAGACGAUAAAUAUCAGGGACGAAGAUGAAAAGCUGAAUAUUUGGGUGGCCUAUUUCAAUCUAGAGAACGAAUAUGGAAACCCGCCAGAGGUGAGUGAAGACUUCCAACUAUUAUGCUCUUCGUCGUAAUGAUCCUCAGAACGCCGCUUGACUGUCUUGGAGGCUUUCAUCAGGACGCUGUGAAGAAGAUGUUCAAGAGAGCCUUGCAGUAUUGUGAUCCCAAGAAACUGCAUCUGGCUCUCCUGGGGAUGUACGAGAGGACUGACCAGCACAAGCUGGCCGACGAGCUUCUCGAAAAAAUGGUGAAAAAAUUCAAGAACUCGUGCAAGGUAUUCAUCAUCAUCGUGAACAUUAUCUAACCAUUACUUCAGCUUUUCAGAAUGCCCUCCAUCAAAGAUAGUUUGAUUGCCUUUUCCGUUCAUGGGCCGUUGACUUUGAGGUUGAUGCUGAAAAUCCAUCUGCUUUCCACGUCAGUGGUUCUUCCUAGUUUUAGUAAUCUCGUUGAUAUGAAAAGGUUAAUGUAUGGGGUUUUACCCCCUUUCUUUCCCAAAAAUUCUUCAAAUAAUCAGUUUUAUUCACGGGGGAAAAUGACAGCCGUGGCACCCCUUACCAUUACUUCAGCUUUUCAGAAUGCCCUCCAUCAAAGAUAGUUUGAUCGACCUUUUCCGUUCAUGGGCCGUUGACUUUGAGGUUGACGCUGAAAAUCCACCUGCUCUGCACGUCGAUGGCUCUUCCUAGUUAUAGUAAUCAAAUCGUUGAUAUGAAGACGUUAAUGCAUGGGGUUUUACUCCCAUUCUUUCCCAAAAUUUCUUCAGAUAACCAUUUUUUAUUCACUGGGGAAAAUGAAAAGUGUGGCUGCCUCAAGAAUUACGUGAGCUUUUUAGAAUGCCCUCCAUCAAAGAGAGUUUGUUUGACCGUUUGCAUUCAUUGGCCUUUGACUUUGAAGUUGAUGCUGAAAAUCCACCUGCUCUCCACGUCGAUGGCUCUUCCUAGUUAUAGUAAUCAAAUCGUUGAUAUGAAAACGUUAAUGCAUGUGUGUUUUUACCCCAUUCUUUCCCAAAAAUCUUCAAGUAACCUUUUUUAUUUCAAUGGGGGAAAAUGAAAGGUGUGGCUCCAUCGCCUGCAAAGCUUUUUGAGACAGCAGAAGGAAGGAGUUCAGUCGGUCGUGAACCGGGCCCUCUUAAGCCUCCCCCGCAAGAAGCACAUCAAGUUCAUCUCGCAGGCUGCCAUCCAGGAAUUCAAGUUCGGCGAGCCCGACAGGGGCCGUUCCAUGCUGGAAGGCGUCCUGAGGGAGUACCCAAAGAGGACCGACCUGUGGAGCAUCUACCUCGAUCAGGUAAUCAUCACCUCACGUCCUAAACUUUAUUGAAAAUGUCAAUCACUGAGCAUAUAUAUAUGUAUAUGGGCAUAAAUGCUGAGGUUUUCUGAUUCUCACGAUAGUAACAACCACAAUAAUUCAGGAGAUCCGCCUCGGGGAUGUGGACGUGACCCGGGCUCUGUUCGAGAGGGCCACCUGUUUAAGCCUGCCCCCAAAGAAAAUGAAGGUAUAUGAUUUUCUUAAUCUGGUGUCUGAAACCAAUCUCUUCCAGACUUCUGAACUUUUACCAAUUCUAGCCAGAAUUAUUAUUAUUUUUUCUCGUUUAUGUUCCCUAUCUGGUAAAAAGAAUAGAAGAAAAUGUGGCUCAUAUCAUUUUCUUGAUUUUCUAGCAAGAAUUAAGAUUAUGUGUUCUCUUUUAUUUUGCCUGAUCUGGGUCUGCCGUUAUUUCUUAUUCUGGAAAGUUAAAAUAAAAUAAAAUAAAAUAAAAUGAGCGUAAAUUUCAUUUUCUUGAUUUUCUUAAUCUGGUGUCUUGAUUUGAAGGCCCGAUCCUGGGAAACCAAUCUCUGCCAGAUUUCUGGGUUUUUGUGAAUUGUAGAGAGAAUUUAGAUUUUCUUGAUUUUGUCGUUAUUUUUUCUUCUGGUAAAAAAAAAAUAGAGAAGAAAAUGAUGGUAAUAUCAUUUUCUUUGAUUUUAUUGAUUUUCUUGUGUUAUCUUUUAUUUUGCCUGAUCUGGGUCUGUCGUAAUUUUUUUCCUUUGCAGUAAUUAGGAAAAAAAGAGAAAAUAUUAAAAAUCAGAAUCAUUUCAUCUGUCAUUGCCCCUGAAGCUCUUCCCCAGCUCUUAAGUUCCUCUCUGUCCUCGCAGUUUCUGUUCAAGAAAUACCUUCAGUUUGAGAAAUCCCUCGGCGGCGGCGGCGGCGAGAGGGUCGAGUACGUGAAGAACAAGGCACUAGAGUAUGUGGAGAGCUCCCAGGCCUAG